AUGGCCAGGCAAUCUUCGUGGUCCUCGAGGACUCUCGCUCACUUUCGUCAAGGCGGCAAACUGGAGCCGUUCAGACUUCUCAGGCAAGAUGCUCGCAACCUUCGGAGGCGAUGGGUGUCGGACUGGACAGUCUUCAACCAGCUCGUGGUAGCCAGCGCUGUCUACGUCUUUUUUACCAACAUCCUGCCCGGCAUCACUUUUGCGAGUGAUCUGUACGUUCUCACUGGGAGAUCGUGGGGGACGAUUGAGGUUGUUUUUAGCACUGGGUUGUGUGGUGUCAUCUUUGCGGUGUUCUCUGCUCAGCCGUUGACUAUUCUUGGGGUUACUGGGCCGUUUUCGGUGCUGGCCGAGAAUUUGUACGAGUUGUGCAGUGAUAGCUUCAAGGUAUGGUUGUUUGUGUAUAUAUAUAUAGAUAUAUAUAUUUCUUUUUGA